AUUAUUCCCUUGUGUCAAUACGUUUAUUUAUUUAUUUAUUUUUUUUACGGGUUCCCAUUCGAAUGUCUAGUUCACGAGAUUCGUUUUCUGUUCGGCCGGCGAGGUUGUGUUUCGGUAGAUGAUAGUAUUUAUCUAAUUCUGCAAAGAUGUGCAGUGUUUCAAAGUAGGGUUAUUCGGUUAGAGUGGGUAUAUUGAAUUUAAAUCACUAAACUAGAGAUAAGGGUGUGAAUCAAUAAAUGCAAUCAAGACUACAAUUGUUCCGACGAAUUAAGUAGUGCAGAUUAUUGCAUUCAUUCGAACUGGACUGUAAUUUUUGCAAUGGAUUUCAGCUUAUCCAAGAAGUUGCAUGCAAUGUUGAAGAUAUUAAUUCUAUCGUAGCUCUCAUGCGAGAUGCUUGCUUAGAAAGUAAUAAUUUCACUUUGCAUGUGUAAUUGCUUUGUGUAUCUAAAUUGUAUGUAUAAUUGGAAGAAUGUCAGCAUCUCUUGAUCACAUUUACAAUUUUGGGCUCAAUACCCUGAUUUCUUAAAUCAACUAUGAAAAUCAAUUCGACUCAAGAGUGAUAGGGUUUUAUUGUCAACAACUUGACUUGAACUUUAGAAAGGAUUGAUUUUAGCGGAACUAGUUAGUUUCAUCAGAAUAAGGCUAGUUUAAUUGUAAUCUCAAAUAUGGAUUACCUGUUUUGUAUCCUCAAUUUGUAGUAAGCUUGAUAAUACUUUCUGUAGCGAUCCUUCACAUACUGAUACUAAUUGUUAGGGAAUAUGUGAUUUAGUUUGGAAGACUUCAUUUUGACUUUUUAGAUUUCCAGUCUUAGUGUUUUUAGGUAUGUUUCAAAUCCUUAGGUUUAUUAUCUUCAUAAGUAGAUUUACAUAAUCAAUGUGUACAUCUGCAGUAAUUGUAAAUUUAUGAGAAGAUGUGCUUAUGUAACUUCUAACAGCGAAUGUUGACUGAGUAUGACAUUUUGCUUUAUUUUAAGUUAAAACUUUGAACCAUAGUGCGACCAAUAAUACUAUUCUUUAUCUAGGGUCAUGCUUUUCGAUGGUUUUCAUUGAGACUUCUCCCUCUAUUUAUUGCAUUUAUGGAUGAAUUGCCAUGCUAUAACUCCUGCCAAAUAACUUAACAGCAUUCUCUUCUAGUAUAGCUUUAAUAGAAUACUUCUCCUACUAUGAAUAAUAUUUAUCAGGUAAUGGAGAAUGGACCUCCAACAAUUGAAUUUGAAGAUGGAACAGUUGAUGUAGAACAUCAAGAUGGGCAUGUCCCAGUGGAUAGUGUCAUGUGGUUUAAUGAGAAGAUCUCAGAGAAAGCUAUUGACAUUCGAGAGGUUUCCAGCAGUUUUGAUGUGACGAGUACAGGUACUACUCAUGAAGGGGGAGAUACUGUCAAUAGAGAUGUUCUCAAUUCAUUACACACUGAAGAUGAUGGUGGCUAUUUUAGAUUGCAAAAUGAUUUCUGUAGCAUGGGAGAAGAGUAUCUUCUAGAAAACUGCUGUAUUGGGUAUGCAGGUGUUGGAUUUUCUGAAAGUAUUACAGAUCUGGAAUAUAUUUCAAGCGAAUGCCUGCAGACUUCAGUUUCAGACAGUCCAGUUCUUACAUGUGCUGGUAUUGACUCUCCUUGGAAAUCAGAUCUAUUUCGAAUAAUGGAAGUGCCAGAAUGCCAAAAUGAUGUAGUUGAUCUCAAGAGUUCUGAAUUUGUUGAAAUUCCUAAUCCACGUCAUGAGCCUGAAAAAUUGUCUGAGAAGAAGCCUCUGAAAUCACAAAAAGAGAAUAUUGGCAAGGUCUGCGACAUUACAAGUCACUCUUUUGAUGAUUUACCAUCUGAUGAGAACGCUACAAGCCUUUCUGAACCAGUGAAGAUGUUUUCCAAUCCAAAAGAUGAGAAAUAUGAUGAAUGUGGGCAGACUGGCCAAAGUGGUAAGUCCAAUGGAGUUCAGGGGCAGGAUGAAUUAUUAACCGUGUGUACUGCAGAAAGUCCAUCUGAUGCCCAUCCUAUGCUAAAGAGAUCUCGCAAGCCCACAAAGAGGUACAUCGACGAAGUAGUAGAUCCUAUUGCACGGAAUCCAAAAAGAAGGCGGGAGGUUUCGUCUUCAAGCUUUAGGGAUAAGUCUUUGGGAGUUAAAGAUCAUAAGAAAUGUCACAUGGGAUCUAAAGCCAUCAAAUUACCUGCUGAGGAAUCUGCUGUUAAAGCUAUUCAAGUGCCCUUUGGCUCGCUAGUGCAUAAAGAAUGUCCGGAUAGUCCUGCAUACAAUGUGACGUGCAGUUCAGAUCGAAGAAUUUUGAUGAAUAAGCCAAAAGAUAACUGUGUUGCUUCAGAGAAUGAAAAGAAAAGGGAUGAAUGUUCCCUAGCUGUUCAUCAAAUGAGAAGAAGUGAUGGUACUCUGGCAGCGAGUCAAAAGAAGGAUAAAUAUAUCACAAAUACUCAUAUAGCAAAGAGGAAUUACAGUGUCAUGCCCGCAAGUCAUAAGAAAAAGGAGAAACAUUCAAAUGGAGCUCCUUCAAGGAAAAGUGAUGACCGUCUCACAGCACCAAGUCAGAAAACAAGGGGACAAACUGUGCUUGCAGGUAUCCCAAAAAAGGAGUGUUCAACCGCACUGUGUCGAAGAGAAAGAGACGACUCUCCCACUGUGGAGAGCCCUGAAGAAGUUAGUGGUCGGAGGAAGCAUCACAGGCUUUGGACUAUUGCGGAGGUUAAAAAAUUAAUUGAUGGUGUCGCUGAGUAUGGUGUUGGAAGAUGGAGUAAAAUAAAAAAAAUUUACUUUCCUGCGUCUGCCCAUCGUACCUCUGUAGAUCUCAAGGACAAAUGGAGAAAUCUUUUGAAAGCAAGCGGUUUGCAGGGACGGCACAAUGAACAUGGAGAGAAGAAGCGCAAUGUGGCGUGGCGGCCUCUGCCAAAGUCCAUCUUGCGGCGUGUUUGUGAACUGGCGGCGAUGCACCCUUAUCCCAAGGGCGGAAAACUGAAGAUGUCACAUAUUCGUCACGUUUCUUUAGAUGAAAGUACAGAUAUUACAUUGAGUGACUAUAAAAGGAUCUUAUGAAGUAGUAUUUGAUUCUUUUGUUUGUACAAUGGAUAGAUAUAGGCUAGGCCAUUUUCUAAACUCACGGUUUCUUCAGACACAUCUUUGAAUGUACUAUGAUUUGUUAA